GAUUUAAAGACAUCACUACGUCCUAGCCUCCUCCGAGAGUGUGAAAAACACGGCCCUUUUUAAGUUCCGCGGUCGGGGAAGAUAAAGGGGGCCUGCACUGCGAAGGAGAAGGGGGCCAGAGUCACCAUCGCCGGAUACAUUUUACAAAAGGCAAUUCCCGGGAAGAAGUGUUAUCCGGUCGGAACCGCGAACUGGUGAAGUACGAAGCCGAGGACUUAGCUGCCCGAGAACGUCAGAAAAUAAAGAAAAUGGCGGAGCCGGACAAAUUAAACAUCGACUCCAUCAUUCAGCGUCUCCUGGAAGUCAAGGGCUCUCGUCCAGGAAAGAAUGUCCAGCUGACGGAGAACGAGAUCCGAGGGCUUUGCCUCAAGUCUCGUGAAAUCUUCCUCAGCCAACCCAUCCUGCUGGAACUGGAAGCGCCACUCAAGAUCUGCGGCGACGUCCAUGGCCAAUACUACGACCUGCUUCGGUUGUUUGAAUACGGAGGCUUCCCGCCCGAGAGCAACUACCUGUUCCUGGGCGACUACGUGGACCGAGGCAAGCAGUCCCUGGAGACCAUCUGCCUGCUGCUGGCCUACAAGGUCAAGUACCCCGAGAACUUCUUCCUGCUGCGCGGGAACCACGAGUGCGCCUCCAUCAACCGUAUCUACGGCUUCUACGACGAGUGCAAGCGACGAUAUAACAUCAAGCUGUGGAAGACCUUCACAGACUGCUUUAACUGUUUACCCGUGGCUGCCAUCGUAGACGAGAAGAUCUUCUGCUGCCACGGAGGUCUGUCCCCCGACCUCCAGUCCAUGGAGCAGGUGCGCAGAGUAAUGCGGCCCACGGACGUGCCGGAUCAGGGCCUGCUGUGCGACCUGCUGUGGGCCGACCCCGACAAAGACGUCCUGGGCUGGGGCGAGAACGACCGCGGCGUCUCCUUCACGUUCGGCGCCGACGUGGUGGCCAAAUUUUUGCACAAGCACGACAUGGACCUUAUAUGCAGGGCACAUCAGGUGGUAGAAGACGGCUACGAGUUCUUUGCCAAGAGGCAACUCGUCACGCUGUUCUCAGCCCCCAACUACUGCGGGGAGUUCGACAACGCCGGUGCCAUGAUGAGCGUGGACGAGACUCUCAUGUGCUCCUUCCAGAUCCUCAAGCCUGCCGAUAAGAAGUUGUAUUCUUACGCUGGCCAAGGCCCGAUCGGCGCGGGCAGACCGGUGACCCCACCACGGAAUUCAGCCAAGGGGCCCAAAGCCAAAAAAUAGCACCUGCUUGGGUCUGGCUCCCCUUAAAACCAACCAACCCCCUCCCCACCCCCCCGACUCUCGCCUCUACCUCCCAACACAUUUUCUCCCUCAUCACCAAACAGCGACAACGCAAACAGUAUCCAGGGUCCUGUCCUGUUUUUUCCUCUGAAACUAUUUUUAACUGUUUGGCUGUUGGGUGGGUGUGCGUGCGUAUGUGUGUGUGCGCGUAUGUAUGAGCAAUGAGAGAGGAUGAAUUAAGAUGCGGCUGUACUGUGCAUAUGAGCAAAUGUGUUUUUGUUUUUUUUGUUUUUUCUCUUUGUUUUUCUUUUUCUCUUUCCCAUGUCCUCUUUGCUCUGUUAUCCUGUCACUUUGUAGAUGAAAUGGGUUCUACCCCUCAGUGAUGUUAAUGCGCACCUGGACGCCGGUGGGUGAGGGGGGGGGGGGGGGUGGAGCGUGGGUGGGUGGGUGGGUGGGGGAGGGAGGGAGGGAGCGUAGGUGGGGGAGGGCCCUUACUGUUAAUGUCAAGGCCCUGCACUGUUUAAUGUUAAACACAAGCUUUUGUAUAUCCCGUUUGAGAGGUUUGUGCGUGUUUUAUUUUGCGCGUGUGGGGGCGGGGGGGUGGGGUUAAGGGUCGUGGGGUUAGCUUGCACGCUGAAAUAAUAACAGCACAUAAAUCCCCACUUGGGCACACAGGUGGCUACGUGCAGAAUGAUCCUUACCUAUACAGAGUCUCUUGACGCUAGCAACUUUACUUUUCUCCCCCAUUUACCUUUUUGAAAAACCAAUGAUUUGGAAAAACACAAUCAUGGAUGUGAAAUAGUUUUUGCUUUUUGUUUUUAUUUUUCAUUCUUUUCUCUUCAUUUUUUUUUUAGAAUCAUGAAUACAGGUGUUUUUGUUUUUCUUUCCCUUUUUCGUUGUUAGUCUGACAGUCAAUGACGAAUAAAGAGAACCAUUUAUUUGAAA